GAAGGCGGGAGCUCCGUUGAAGCCGCAGUGAGCUGAGGGCGGAAGUGGUCGCUCUGUCUGUCUGUCUGUGAGGGUAUCCGGGGGGCCAUGGAUCCCACCCUGGCGGCCCUGCAGGGCCAGAGCCGGGAGCUGGGCAGAGUGGCCGUAACGGCAGCCAGUGAGGAGAACUCCGAGGACAAGGUGGACCUACCGACACUACUGCGAAUUAGAGACCAAGUGAAACAUCAGCAUCAUGAGCUUCGUUCCAUGGUUCUAGCAUGUGAAGCUUCCUCCGAUUCAUAUCCUGAACAGCGGUUGGGUGAGAUAGCAAAAGAAUUACAGCAAGAAAUUGAAAAAAUGAAAGUUUCUCAUUGUAACAAAUCCCUGGUUUUACAGAGGAUGCAGCUUACAGACGCACUUCUACUUAAAUUGAAUGAAAACAACACAGAAUCGAGGUUGAUUCGGGACACCAUUAAACAUAUUACAGAGCUGUCAUCUUCAGUAAUAAAAGCACAAAAGGAGACACGUCAAUUAGAAGAGAAGUUGAACGAAGUGAAAAGAAAAAGAUUAGCAUUAAAGGAAAUGGGCUGUGACCUAUUGACGCAGAUUCAUAGUAUUGAAAAGAACAGGUACACGGACAUGGAACCCAUUAGCAGUACCAAAAUACUGAAGAUUUGUAAACUCCUAGAAACAGAACAGAAUACGACUACAGUAAUACAGAAUGUUUUCCAGCAUCUUAUUUUAGCCAGCCGGGUUAACUGGGCCGAUGAUCCUAAUCUGAGAGACAUGGUACUGAAGCUGGAAAAGAACCCAAAUAAGUUAUAAGAAGUUUUCACAUCUGUUUUUAUAUUUAUUUUGCUGUAAUAUAGUUUCUUUUGAACAUAUUGACAUUUUAAUACAU